AUGGCCCAGGAGGGCACCGCGAACCGAUUUGGGUUCGAGGACCCAGCUUUCGGUUUCAUGAAUGAGCCUGCUGCUGUUGUCAGCGAAGCUUCUGCGCAUCCGUCGUCGCUGGCUGAUGCCGAUCCCAACAGCCAACAACUGUACACGCCGUCAACAUCGGACUGGGACUUUCAACCCACCCCAGCAUUUGAUAACAUCAACAUAGGCACAAGUGCCGCCCCAACAACCCAGCCUGGUGUUAGUGCUGCCGCGUGGUCUUUCCCUCUCUUUGACCAAUCCCAGGACGGGACGUUCAACUUUGCCGGCUUCUCACCGUCGGAUGUUAAUUCGAACAUUGCUUUCGGUGUCUCGAACCCCGGGGCCCUGAACAGUGCUAGACAACCCGCGGCGAUGCCAAUGUCGCCUGCUCUUCAGCAGAAAUUACGGAACAUUGCAAUGCCUCCUCACCUGCAGUAUAACUCACCCAAGAGUGCCUCGAGCCCUGAUUCGGCCAACAACGAUUCCAAAGGAGGCAACGCCUCGUCGCCGGAACAUGGGGAUCUUUCAAAACUCGAUACUAGAAAACGAAAGGUAUCAUCCGACCCUGAGGAUGAUGAUGAUGUCGAUGAUGAUGACAAGCCGGUCAAGAAGACCGCUCACAAUAUGAUUGAGAAGCGGUACCGGACCAACAUUAACGACAAGAUUGCCGCCUUGCGAGAUAGUGUCCCAAGUCUUCGAAUUAUGUGUAAGAGUGCCAGGGGCGAGGAUACUACAGAAGACAGAGAAGAGCUGCACGGUCUUACGCCAGCUCACAAGCUGAACAAGGCAACAGUCUUGAGCAAAGCCACUGAAUAUAUUCGUCAUCUUGAGAAGCGAAAUAACCGGCUACUGGAGGAGAACGGUGCUAUGCAAGCACGCAUAGCCGCUUUUGAGAAGUUGUUCAUGGCUGGCGCCAUGAACGGAUCUAUCACUCCAAUGCAACAUCCUCCGACUCCUAUGCAGUAUGCUCAAGACAACCCGCAGCAAUUCGGUAGCUCGCCCAUGGGUACUCCCCAGCCCAGUGUCAACCCAGCGACUUCUGGCAUGAUACAGGUGCCCGAUGAUAUGAAGAGAAUCAUUUCUGCUCAAAUGGCUGUUGGCCAACCAUAUCCAGUGCCUCAGCAACCCUUCCGUGGAGCGAACCCAGCGAUCAUUCGCCAGCAGCAAAUGCAACAACAACAGCAGCAGCAGCAGCAGCAAGCUCAAAACGGGUUUUUCCAUGGAAACCCAUACGUUGGAAAGCUCAUGGUGGGCUCUCUUGCUGGGCUCAUGAUAAUCGAGGCAGUACGGGAGACGGAAGCGAGCACUGAAACUACAGAAGGGCGCGGCCUCUUUGCCCUGCCGAUUCAGCUUGUAAGGUUCUUAGGAUCGAGUCUUGACGUGCAUAUCAUGGGAUACCAUGCUCUGGCAUCUCUCAAGCUUAUGCUGCUCCUGGGUAUGUUCCUCUGGGUAUUUGUGCCUUCCCUGUUUGCCCCUCGCGAUGCAAAAUCCAAGAAGCCGCAAGCCAGCAUUUUACGUAAAGCGCCAUCCUUGGCCUCGUCAAUUCAACUACGCCGACAAGCUUGGCUCACUGCCAUCCAAACCGUCUGGGUUCCCCGACACAACUUUUUCCUCGAAGCUGCAGCUCUCAUACUGAAGACCAUGAAGCUCAGCCUACGCAAUGUUUUUGGGACUCACGUUUUCCAAAUACUCACAGGCAUGACCCAGGAGCAAGAAGUCGCGAGAGUGAAGGCCUGGUCCAUUGCACUAGAUUCCCAGUUGGCCGGUGGGGACGUUGACGUUUGCAAGAGUCGACUUAUCCUGACUUUGCUUGCAUCUGGGACAUUACCCGACACUCCUAUUCGCCUCAUGCUGAAGGCACUUCAUAUUCGCGUUCUUCUGUGGCGCGUGACAGGCAGCAAAGUUGUGCAGGCAGGUGUUAAUGCCAUUGCUGCGAAACUGGCUAGAUCGCGUUGGAAUGAAGCUCGCCAGCUGAACCAACUUUUUGUCCAACUUCGUCGUGGAUCAUCGGCGCAACAUGAUGACGAGCUCCCUGAGCACCUAGUCCGUUUACUUGAGCAAGACUGCGAUGACGUUCUAAGUCCCCAGGUCAUUCAACGUGCUCACAACUUGGCAUUUAACAUGGAUACAACAUUUAAUGUCGCCGCACCGAUUGACAGCAUGGACAAUGUCGUGGAUGAUGUUGCCAUCGGCUCUCCUAUGGAUGCAGUGGCGGCCUGGUGGUCCACAGAGGUUCUGCACCGCGUUCUUAUUGAUGCCUUGGACAAGGACGCUCAACCUAGCACAGACACGGCUGAGGAUAUUGACGUGGCUAUCCACGUGGCACCGAUUGGCUCUUACGCUCAGAUGCGCGCCAUUCUGGCUCGCGCUGUGCUUGUGAAGGAGUCUCGCGGAACGCACAUUGCAGCUGCGUUGCAGGCUCUCAAGACGGACAGGAUUACCAGUCCCCUGGCCAGGACGAAUCUCAUCGUGGGCCAUGGAUUUGACGACUUCGCACCCGAUUUCUCGAUUGCUCUGCGAUGUGCCAUGGCCAUCGCACACCUCAACCGGGUGGCAAAUACUCCCAAUGCCAGAUUGGCAAAUGUGGAAUCACUGAACUCCAUCGUACGACCCGAACACACGACGUGCAUGUCACUUCUUGGAUUCACUUCGAUGAUGGAACUAAUGGACCAUUUGCUAAUCCACAAGAAGAUGGACGACAAAAUUGAAUUUAUUUUGGAAAAGUUCGCGGCCACCCUACGUCUAUGGGUUGGUGGUCAAUUCGCCAGCCACUGCGGUAUUGACGGCGAAGUUCGACAGCAAGUGGUGGAGAGGUGUCUGGCAGUAACCAAGAGCUUGGUGGGGAUGGAAAUAGACACUGGUUACGGCAGUAUGAGCGAUGAUGAAGCCGUGCAGGAAUAA